AUGGAGUCGUGUGAUAGUAUUGUCAGAAAUUCAUAUAUUUAUCGGUCUGUAACCCCAAAUUGCCCUGUAAAUUUGAACAAAUUUGCGAGUGUGCCACUAUCUGGUUCUUCUUGCUCCGCUUUGUCCUUAACGAGGAGUAGGAGGAGAAGCAGAAGAAGAAAGUUGCCGCCAUUAAUGGAGACUCCGCCGGAUGGGUAUAGAAGGAAUGUGGGGAUUUGUCUCGUUAAUCCCUCUAGAAAGGGUGGUGCUGGAGAAGGUGAAGACCUAAGGAAUGCAGCAAUGAGGGAAUUGAGGGAAGAAACUGGAGUUACUUCAGCUGAAUUUGUUGCGGAGUUUACUGGGAAGGAGGAAGAGAUCAACCUUUUGGGUGAUGGAAGUGAAACUCCAGAAUUCAAGGACUGGGCAUGGUUGUUGCCAGAACGAGUAUUGGAGCUUGCUGUGGAUUUCAAGAAGCCAGUCUAUGAACAAGUUAUGAAGGUAUUUGGUCAAUAUCUUGAGGCAGAUGCAGAUGAAGGAGAUUGUGCAGGACAACUUGAAAGCAAGGCCGAAGUGCCCCGUGGAGUCAACUCCUGUGUAAACUAG